AUGACACACAACUGUGACUGUGGCCAUAGUCAACACAAGGGCAUUGAACAAUUUGACAACACGGCCGGUGGUAGAUCAAGAACAUCUCCUGCUAUAUUCAUCUUAAUCAACAUGAACCUGACGCCUUAUAAAGCUAAACCCAAAACCAUCCAUAAUCUGCUACCUUCAGCCAUCGAGAAACUCAUUGGAGACCACCAGCUAUCAACGAACGACCUUCUUGGCUACUACCAACUGGCAGUCUUCCCGGCAAUUGUUAGGAGUGCCCCAAAGACACCCAAAAAAAUUUCACCUGCAUUUGGGGUCAUUGUAUUGGGUAACUUUCGCAUAAGAGUGGUGCAAGAAAGCUCAAUGGAUGGAAAUGAGAAAGAAGGGGAAAUCUCGAUUGUGAAUAUUGGAGGUGGGAGUGUCUUUGUUUUGUAUCAGAAUAUUGGGGUUCUGUUGGUCUCUUCAAGAUAAAAGUAUUGUAGUGGUUUUGUAUUUUUAUAGGCCUGUUUUUGGUUAUGGAGAGUGGAUGACCCAGCUAGAUCCCUAGAAAUUUUGUUUUUCAAAAGUAAAAUUUGAGGGUUUGAAUAUCUUAGGAUUUUAUUUGAGUUUAAUGUUUGUUUGGGUGUGUGCAAAUUUGGCUUUGUUUUAGAUUUUAAAACCCAUUAAAGGCUUUGGUGAAAUGGGAUAAUGAGGAGCAUGCUCUCAGUUCCUGAUUCGAAAGUGGAGUGCUUUGAUGGAAAAGUGGUUGUUUUGUGAGUGACUCUUCUCUGCAAAUUCAUAGCAUGAUAUUUAGUUUUCUCAGCUUUAAAA